CUUGUCGUCCAUUGCUGGCUUAAUGGGGGAAAAGGCCCAGCCCAACACCUCGUCACCUGGCGACAGGCGGCGGCGACCACCCCGGGGACUCCGAUGGCGACGGAGAAGGCGCGGCAGCUCCUGGUCCGCCUCGCCGCCACCCCGGACGCCGCCGUUCCUAACCUUCCCUUCCUCCACCGCGCACUCCUCCCUCUCCUUUCCGCCGCCUCCGCCCUUCUCCGCCUCCCCGUCAUCCUCUCCUCUCCGCUACGCUCGCGACGGACCCUACCGGUCCCCGUCAUCAGCGUAGGAAACCUCACCUGGGGCGGCAACGGAAAGACACCCAUGGUCGACUUCCUGGCCCGCAGGUUUCACAUUAUGGGCAUCUCGCCACUCAUCCUAACAAGGGGUUAUGCGGGUGGCGAUGAAUCUAAGAUGCUCCGGAGGCGCCUUGCUGAUACUUCCACCAAGAUUGGUGUUGGCGCAAACCGGGCUGAUGUGGGUUCUUCCAUGUUGCAAAAGUACGGCCAAAUCGAUCCUUGUGAUGCCUUCCGUCGGGAGAAGUUAGCGUGCAACCGGGUGGCAAGCGGUAAAAGUGCGAAAAUUGGAGUCGCUAUACUGGACGACGGAAUGCAGCACCGGAGCCUGCUUCGAGAUGUGGAGAUUGUGAUGGUCAAUGGGUUGACACCUUGGGGAAAUACCCAUUUCAUUCCACGAGGACCCAUGAGGGAACCGUUGAGCGCACUUACUCGAGCUGAUAUAGUGGUUAUUCAUCAUGCGGAUCUGGCUUGUGAAGCGCAGCUGGAAACAAUUGCACGUACAGUCCAGGAUAGUGGCACAACAUGUUCAGUGUUCUUUAGUAAAUUGGCCCCAUCACAUGUUUUCGAGGUUCAUCAACCAUUACAGAGACUAUCUCUUAAUGUGUUGGAUGGCAUGAUUGUGCUAUGUGUUUCUGCGAUUGGCUGCCCAGAUGCUUUCAUACAUACAGUCAGAGAGAUUGGUCCACUUAAUGUUGAUAGGUUGGAUUUCAGUGAUCAUCAUUUCUUCAAUGAUUAUGACCUAGAAUUAAUCCAAGAAAGAGUGAGGCAGCUUGUGGAUCAACAUAACAAAGAGACUGUAGUCUUAGUUACUGAGAAGGAUUACGACCGUGAUCCAGAUGUCCUUAGAAUGUUGGGCGUGAAGGUUUGGGUUCUGUCUUCUUCUUUGCAAAUUAUGCCCCUCAAGGAACAAGGAGAAGAUGAAUUGCUGAGGAAAUUAAAAGACAUUAUCACAGCAACUAGGCAUGUGGUCCAGCCAUGAGUUGCUGAUGAUCUGAUAAUAUUCGGCUGGGCACAUCUUGAAGCAAAAACAGUUUUCCAUUGGUCCUGUUAAUUCCGUAUAAUGUUAUAUCAGAUUUAUCUUGUUAAUUCAAAUCCUGUUUCAGCGUUUUGGAACAUGCAGUAUUUUAGUUUUUUUUUCAACUGGGUCAGUGGUCUGAGCCUCCAGUUAACUUGAACUGGAUCUAACAAGAUAAUGAGGAGGGGAUUCCCAUCUA